ACAAUGUAUGCGUGCUGGCUGGUGAGCAAAGACCGAAGCUGUCCGCGAAUAAGAUUGCCGCACUUGGAAGUGGUGGUGAUCGGGCGAGGCCCGGAGACAGAAAUAACAGACAAGAAGUGUUCACGAAGACAAGUACAGCUAAAAGCAGACUGCAACAAAGGUUUCGUCAAGGUGAAACAGUUAGGAGUCAACCCAACCAGUAUCAAUCUGGUGGAUAUCGGCAAGGACCAAGACAUUAAACUGAAGCCAGGGCAAACCCUCCACAUUGUCAAUAAACUGUAUCCCUAUGCUGUACAAUUCCAAGAAGAAACGGGAGCGUGUGUUGGUGGGGAAGCCACGGGACUAAACAUUGGAAAAAGGAUGCCUGUAGAAUCUGAAAACCGCAAUGUGGAGGAAAGCGUGCCGGGGAAACGUGCAAAAAUGGAGCAAGAGGGCCUGCGAGGCUGCAAGUUGGGUUGCAGGCUGAAUGAUGGUAAAAGUCCCGCUGUUGUUCCCGAAACAUCUUCCGGCAAGAAGGAAUUUGGGGGGCACUGGAGUCAAGGCCUGAAAGCUUCUAUGCAAGACCCAAACAUGCAGGUUUACAAGGACGAAAGGGUUGUCGUUAUAAAAGACAAGUAUCCCAAGGCUCGCUAUCACUGGUUGGUGUUGCCGUGGCAAUCCAUCUCCAGCUUGAAAGCGGUGACCGGGGAGCACCUGGAGCUGCUGGAGCACAUGCACGCCAUUGGGGAAAGGAUGGUCCAGCAGUGCCCUGAGAAAGACACCUUGCGCUUCAGAUUGGGCUACCAUGCCAUUCCCAGCAUGAGCCACCUACAUCUUCACAUCAUCAGCCAGGAAUUUGAUUCCCCGUGGCUCAAAAACAAGAAGCACUGGAAUUCUUUUACCACAGAAUACUUCAUAGAUUCCCAAGAUGUGAUUGGAAUGAUCAAGAAAAAGGGCAAAGUAACUGUGAACAGCCAGGCCCCCGAAUCCCUGAAGGCGCCUCUGAGAUGCCACAUUUGUAAAGAGCCGCAACCCACUAUCCCUCAGUUAAAGGCACACCUUCAAAAACAUUGGCCAAAAUGAGCA